AUGGCUAAGAAGAAAUCAUUUGAAAUGAAGCUCAAGGAAAUCAAUGAGAACCUCUCUAGGAUGAGCGCUGACACCGAGAAUGCUAGAAAUGCUAGUAAAUCCAUCGAACCAGCCACCGAAAGCUCGUCAGCUGCUCCAGACUCCACACCCACUCCGGCACCCCGUCGUCAGUCACCGAAGCAUCCACCGGGAUUGCCAAUUCCACGCGCCCAUGGUGAAUACAAAUACCCGUUCGAAUACAGCCCUAUUCGUGAAGCGACGGUCAUCGAGUCUGUGGAGCCGGCAAGCCGCCAAGGAUCGAUACAAGCACAAGGAGAUAUCACAACAAGCCGUGAAAGCACUGAAACAGUGACUGUGGUCGAGGAUGCUAGCCAGCAACCUCAGACUAUGUCUCCGAGAGAGCAAGGUCUAUUAAUGACUAGCGAGCAAAGCCCAAUGCUAGCUCCGCAGAACAUAUAUCUAAGCCAGCAACCUCACAGCAUGUCUCUAAGCCAGCAACCUCAGUGCAUGUCUCCUAAUGACGAUACAUGCGUCUACACCAAAGGCUCGGGAAGCCAGAUGAGCAUCCUGAUAGUCCACGUGGAUGACUUCAUUAUUGCUGCACCAACGGAUGUCGAAGUUAGCAAAAUUGCUGAGGGUAUCAAGGGUUUUUUUCCCAUUAAAGACCUUGGUGAACCUGCCGUUUUCCUAGGCUGCGCGCUCAGCCGGGACUACGCCAAUGGCACUAUCACAAUGAGCCAGACAGCUUAUGUGCAUGAAAUUUUGAAGAAGGCAGAUAUUGGCAGCGACAUGCUAGGGCCCACCAAUGCCGAUUACGAUGCUAUGAUCCACCUCGGUCGCUACCUAAAGAAGCACGACAACCUAGGAAUUGUACUAGGAAGAGUGAAAGAGCUGAGAUUUAUUGCUCAUGCAGAUGCCUCGCAUGCCGACUGGCAGGACAGGAAGUCCACCGAAGGCAGCAAUUGGUGGUUCGCUGGCGCCCCGAUCAUGUGGUCUACAAAGAAACAGACGGUAGUAGGAUCAUCUACUACUGCGGCGGAAUGGUGUGCCCUGGAUCAACCAGCCAAAGACGCCAAGUGGCUUGCUAAGAUAGCAUGCCAGCUUGGUCUCCCGAGAUACCAGGACCCCAUUACCAUUUUCACCGACAACAUUAACACCCAGCUACUUUUGGCAAAGAAAGGGUGCAAGAACAGCACCAGAUGGCUUGAAAUACGCUGGUUUUUCGUCAAGAAUGCUGUGGCAAGAGGCCAUAUCGACGUCAAGCGAGCUGACACGAAGCGCAACCCAGCUGACGGCUUCACCAAAGCACUUGACCUCAUUGCAUUCAAGAGAUUCUUGGAGAUGCUAGGAAUGAAGGCCAUAAAGUGA